AUGGCCCCCUCGACUCACAAGCAGUGGACCGUCCUGAACAAGGAGGAUGGUUUCAAUGCCCUCAAAUUCGCUGAAGCGCCUGUCCCCAAGGUCGGUGAGAAUGAGGUCUUGGUGAAGUUUCACGCUGCCUCGCUCAACUACCGCGACCUGAUUAUUCCCCAGGGAUCUUACCCCUUCGCGCUCAGCUUCCCCGUUGUGCCUGGCUCCGACGGUGCCGGUGAGGUGGUCGAGACUGGUGCCAAGGUCUCCCAAUUCAAGAAAGGAGACAAGGUGGUCACUCUCUUCAACCAGCUGCACCAGUACGAUCCCAUCGACUCCAGAGGCACCAGCUCCGGCCUUGGUGGAGUGAUUGACGGCACCCUCCGUGAAUAUGGAGUCUUCAACGAGAAUGGCCUUGUCCGAGCCCCCAGAAACUUGAACUACAUCGAAUCCAGCACGCUCUCCUGCGCAGCGCUCACGAGCUGGAACGCUCUGUAUGGUCUUAGACCUCUGGUGCCUGGACAAACCGUGUUGGUGCAGGGAACUGGCGGGGUCAGCAUGUUCGCAUUGCAGUUUGCCAAGGCUGCUGGUGCCACGGUUAUCGCCACCACCUCCUCGGACGAGAAGGCCAAGAAGCUGAAGCAGCUGGGCGCUGAUCACAUCAUCAACUACAAGACCCAGCCCAACUGGGGUGAGGUUGCACGCAGCCUUACUCCCGAUAACGCUGGUGUCGAUCACAUUGUUGAGGUUGGCGGCAGCGGUACCCUGGAGCAGAGCUUCAAGUGCAUCAAGUUCGAGGGUGUGAUCAGCAUCAUUGGGUUUGUGGGAGGUGUCGACCCUAAGUCGCAGCCCCCGGUUCUCGCUACUUUGAGCAACAUCUGCACAGUGCGGGGUAUCUAUGUCGGCAGCAAAGCCAUGAUGAACGAUAUGGUGAAGGCGAUUGAGGCCAACGACAUCCAUCCGGUGGUCGACGAGCAGGUCUUCACUCUGGAGAAGACCAAGGAGGCUUAUGAGUACAUGUACCCGAUGCAGUCCGAUACCAGAUAUAGUUCGACUCUUCCUAUCUGUGGGCCCGAUCCCAAGUAUAUCAAGAAGUCCCAGGUUAAAUUCACCCGGCCAGCCCAGAUGAGUCUGUUCGCUCGAGUAACAAGCUAUCCCCCGUUGGGACAGAUAACUUGUCUUAAGGGUGCUGAGCCGCUUCGCUUCACGGUGGUUCUCGAGUCGAGCACUACAUUCCCUAUUCAACCAUGGGAGGUUCACGUGUGGCACAAUAUCACUGAGAGCUCCAAAUGGACUGCACUGCCGCUCCAGAGAUGCGACUCCUCCGUGGCACCGCUCAUCAACAGCAAUGCAGAGGAGUAUCACUACUUCCGUAACGUCUUCUCCGGGGAAAUCGGCCCGUCUGAAAAUCUGGGUCAUGCUCGAUUCACCGUAAGGUACCGGGUCAACCCCGAUGCAGAAUGGCAAUGGGUCAACCAGCAGCAACACAUCAGCGACGGGGAACUUCUUUUCCCCACCCAGACGCCAACUUUUGACUCAGAAGAGCCGGCGCCGGCGACGGAUUUCGCCAAGUACUUCAAGAAUCUUUCUUCCUAUGUCGCGAUCCAACCGCGCAGGAGCGAAGCGCCCGGAUCCAACCUCUGGCAUGUCACGGGGCCGGUCACUGCCGCGCGCGAGGGGCAGUCGGGCCUCACGAACCUGUCGCUCGGGGUGCCCGCUUCCGUGGCGCGGUAUUUUGCCCUGGUGCGGAUCUGGAGCCCGUGGCUGGGACCGCGGCAUGGGAAGGGGAGCUUUGCGUUGAGCGAAUAUGCGAUGCUGUGUUCGUUCCUGCGGACAGAUGGGGUACAUCUGGUUCUCUUGGCAGUCUCGGGGGUGGACGACGUCCUGACAUUGUUUGGAUCCGGGGAGGACGGAGCGGUGGUGGUCAAGGCUAAGAAUGAUAGUACACAAGCAGCCAGGUUCCAGAUCCUGGCUGCAGCUGCGCAUGAUUUCGAGGUGGCGAUGAGUGCUGUGAUCUACGAGGCUCGCAAGUUGACCCGGCCGUAUGCUGAGCAGGCUGAAUCCGACCGGGUGCCAACCCCGGUGUCUCCACCGGGGGAUGAUAUUGUGGUAGUCGAGAAGGAUAAGGAUGUCAAAGCCCAGUGGCUUGCGGAAUGGUACGAUGGUUUGACGUACUGUACCUGGAACGGCCUGGGACAGGACCUGACGGAGGAGAAGAUCCUCCGUGGGCUGGAUUCGUUGAAAUCGCACGGCAUCAAGAUAGCUAAUCUAAUCAUCGACGACAAUUGGCAGGCAUUGGACAAAGGCGACUCUCAGUUCACCCGAGGUUGGAAACAAUUUGAAGGGAACCCGGAUGCAUUCCCCAAGGGCUUCAAGCAGACCAUCCAGAAGAUUCGGACCACCCAUCCCAACAUCCAUCAUAUCGCAGUGUGGCAUGCCAUGCUGGGAUACUGGGGCGGCAUCUCUCCGGAUGGUGAACUGGCGAAGCUGUACAAGACAAAGAGAAUAGAGAUCACAGACCCAGCAGCGGGAGGCCCGAUUGCGCACGCCUUCGAGCGGGGGUCGCUGUUAGCCAUCGACCCCGACGACAUUCAAAGAUUCUUUGACGACUUCUACAACUAUCUCGCCUCAAUAGGUGUGGACUCGGUCAAGGCAGACGCGCAAUUCUUCCUCGACCUGAUCAAAGACCCCGCCGACCGCAAGCGGUUCAUGAAUUCGUACCUCGAUGCAUGGUCCAUCUCGACCCUGAAGCACUUCAGCACCCGGGCGAUCUCGUGCAUGUCGAUGAUCCCUCAGGCAAUCUUUCACUCCCAGCUGCCGACCAACAAACCGACGAUUCCGCUCCGCAACUCGGACGACUUCUUCCCCAACAUCGAAUCCUCCCACCCGUGGCACGUCUUCUGCAACGCCCACAACGCCCUGCUGACGCGGUACCUGAACGUCGUGCCGGACUGGGACAUGUUUCAGACCAGCCACCCCUACGCGGGCUUCCACGCCGCCGCGCGCUGCGUCUCCGGCGGCCCCAUCUACAUCACCGACGAGCCGGGCAAGCACAACCUCGCCCUGAUCGACCAGAUGACGGCGCCGACCAUCCACGGCGCGACCGUCAUCCUCCGGCCGGGCCUGGUUGGCCGCACGCUGGACGUCUACCACGACUACAACGAAGGCCACGUGCUGCGCGUCGGCACAUACACAGGCUGGGCCCGCACCGGCAGCGGCAUUUUGGGUCUGUUCAACAUCUCCAGCGCCGAUCGAACCUCCAUCAUCCACCUCCGCGAUUUCCCGGGCAUCCAUCCCGACUCCACGGGCGAAUACAUCGUCCGCGCCCACACCAGCGGCAAAAUCGCCGAGACUCUGCAGGUCUCCGACGCGAGAGCCUUGGUCUCUGUCGAAGUCAAGCACCGGGGCUGGGAGAUCCUCACCGCGUACCCGACACACGCCUUCUCCCUGACCCCCAGGAGCCCAUCCACAGCAACCACGGCAAACCCAACGACAACCAAAGUAGCCGUCCUCGGCCUCCUCGGCAAAAUGACCGGCGCCGCCGCGCUCUCCAACUCGGACAUCUACGUCGAAGACAACGGCCGACUCCGCGCGGACAUCAGCCUCAAGGCGCUGGGCACCCUGGGCGUGUAUUUCUCGGACUUGCCAAGGUGGGAUAUCGAUGCGAACUUCAUGGUGACGAUUCUGGGGAAGCCGGUGCCGCGGAAGACGGUGUGGAAGGUGGAGGCUGCGGAGGAGGAGGGUGAAGGUAGAGGGAAGGAUGGUGCUAGGGUUUUGGCGGUGGAUGUGUUGGCCGCAUACAAGGAGAUGGGGUUAAAGCCUGGGUGGAGUAAUGAGGUUUUGGUGGAGAUCUUUGUGCGGUGA